UAUAAUCACCACUUUGCCAUUUACUCUGAAAACUAACAUUCUCACGGAUGAUUCUCCCGGGCGAAGUUCCCCGGACAGCCACAAAAUUUGGAAAGUACGCAAAAAGCUCGGCUCCCAGGCAUCAAUGCUGAGGAACCGGGAACCAAAUUAUAAACACUGUCAUAAUAAUCUAUAAGCUGUGCCGAUACUUGUUCUGGUUGUGUAAAAAGAUGAUGAUGACGGGAAGUUUAUCAAUUUCAUUGAAUUCCUCACAAGUAGUGAUGGUAUCAGCAUCUCUAAACAAGUUGAAAACUGGUAGCUAUAAUAACAGCAGUGGCAUGAUGAUCCCUUCCUGGGUCUCUCUCAAAACCAAGACCACCCCUUCUUCUUCGACUGCUUCAACCAAAUUACACAACAAUGGGGGCGGCGAUCUCGAAAACAUGCAUUUAGUUUCGCUGGCGAAACAAGGGAAGCUCAGUGAAGCUAAUCUUUUUGUUCAUGAAAUGGACCAAGCUGGUAUUGCCGUUUCGUAUCGUUCCUAUUUGUCCCUUUUCGAGUCUUGUGCCGUUUCUAGAUCGUUAUUCUAUGCCAACUUGUUUCAUGCUCAUCUCUCGGCUAAGACUGAUGAAAAUAAUAAUGUUCCGGCCUUCGUUUUCAAUUGCAUUUUAAGAAUGUAUUGUGAAUGCGGAAGGGUUUUUCAUGCACACAACCUGUUUGAUCAAAUGUCGGACAAGACUUUCAGUUCCUGGGAUAUUAUUAUAUCUGCGUACGCGCAACGAGGAGAUUUGAGGAAUGCACUGCUGUUGUUUUCGAAUAUGCAAUUUUCCGGUCUACACCCGCAGAUAUAUUUUUCUCUCUUUAAGUCUCUGUCGAACACGUCUUGUUUGGAGGUAGGCAGACAGUUACAUUCUCAUGUACUUAGAGCUGGAUAUGCUGACAAUGAUUCUAUGAAAACAGCAAUUGCCAACAUGUAUGCAAAGUGUGGGUUUCUUAAGGGUGCCAAAUUGCUCAUCGAUCGAAUGUGUCAAAAGAAUGUUGUGGCUAUGACUGGCUUGAUGGUAGCUUAUGUUCAAGGUGGCAACAAUUAUGAUGCUUUUAGGUUGUUUGCUACAAUGGUGGAGUCUGGUGCUCAGUUGGAUGAAUUUGUGUUCUCAAUUACUCUUAAGGCGUGCGCACAGUUGGAGGACAUGGAAAUGGGACAACAGAUUCAUGCUUAUAUCAUGAAAACUGGGUUAGAACAAGAAGUAUCAGUGGGAACUCCUCUUGUGGACUUCUAUGCUAAAUGUGCAAGUAUGGAAUCUUGCCGUAAAGCAUUUUUAAGGAUAAUUGAGCCAAAUGAUGUUUCCUGGCAUGCUUUGAUUUCAGGCUAUUGCCAAAUUGGUGAGUUCGGCGAAUGUAUUAGAACUUUUACAUCUCUUAGGAGGAGUAAUGUGGUUCUUUUAAAUUCCUUCAUGUAUACCACCAUACUGCAAUGUUGCUCUGCUGUUGCGGAUUUCAGUUUAGGCACCCAAGCGCAUGGAGAUGCAAUAAAAAGGGGCUUAGUUUCAUAUCUACAUGGAGAAAGUGCCAUGGUAACUAUGUAUGCAAAGUGCGGUAGGUUAGAUUAUGCUUAUCAGGUCUUUGAAUCAAUAGUUCAACCAGAUGUUGUGGCUUGGACUGCUAUAAUUGCAGGUUGUGCAUGCCAUGGUCAUGCUUCUGAAGCUCUUAGGUUUUUCAGAAGAAUGCAAGCUUGCGGUGUUGGGCCAAAUGCUGUUACAUUUAUAGCACUUUUGACUGCUUGUAGUCAUUCUGGUCUAGUCAGAGAAGCUGAGCAGUAUCUAAAAGCCAUGAGUAGCACAUAUGGUGUAGAGCCGACUGUUGAUCACUAUGAUUGUAUGAUUGACAUAUAUGCUCGUGCCGGCCUACUAGACAAAGCAUAUCAACUGAUAAAAACAAUGCCGUUUCAGCCUGAUUCAAUGAGUUGGAAAUGUUUACUGGGUGGGUGUUCUGUUCACUGCAAUUUUGAGCUUGGGAAAAUUGCAGCAGAGGAGCUUCUUCAACUGGACCCGGAAGACAUUGCUGCUUAUAUUCUUAUGUUCAACUUGUAUGUAUCAUCUGGUAAAUUGAAGGAAGCAGCAGAUGUUAGGAGGAGGAUGGCUGAGAGGGACUUACAGAAGGAGGUUGGUUGUAGUUGGAUUACCAUCAAAGGACAAGUACACCGCUUCAUCGUGGGUGAUAAAUACCAUCCUCAAACAGAAGCUAUAUACUCGAAAUUGAAUGAACUGAAGGUCCCAAGAACAAAGAAUGAACAUGUAAUACUGAAUGAGGACGAUGUAGGUGACAAAUUGCCUGAGCGAAAUGAGCAACUUCUUGACCACAGUGAGAGACUUGCAAUAGCUUAUGGCCUUAUCUCAACUCCAAUUGACACAGCUAUUAUGAUUUAUAAGAAUCUACGCGCUUGUAAAGAUUGCCAUGACUUCGCAAAGCAUGUAUCAGGCAUUACAGGACGUGAAAUUGUUGUUAGAGACUCCAAUAGAUUUCAUCACUUCAAAUCAGGGGAAUGUUCGUGUGGUGACUACUGGUGAUCAUAUUAGAUUGGCAAAUUAGCUUCUGUGCUAGCCAAGCCCGCAGAAUGAUACUUGUAAAUAAAAGAACAAAUUUACUGCAGUUUCAUUUCUCUACAUUGGCACGAGAAGGUAUACAGCGUAACUGUGGACAGACCUGUGAUAAAGCUACUAGCCAAUGUCAUUAUUUUCAUCAAUUUGUUAUUUAUGAAAUAUGUAUUGGGAUUGUGUUGGCUUUAAUCAAGAAUAUACUUGCUAUU